GUCUCUGGUAUCACCAUGCUCUCUGUUUUAUUUGGUUGUGGUGCUGUUUUAAUACAAGAGCUUAGAAAUGUUGUUUAUGUAAAUAGAAAAAUAUAGUUUUUGGUUUUUUGAAAAGUAAAUGCCUGUAAUAUUCUCAGCCUCACAGUCGUGGUUAAGUUUUGAAGCAAACAGGAAUAUCUGGAGAAGUAGAAUCAUCUGAACUGAGAUCUGCUGCUGUGAAGAUGCUGUUUGUUAAAGAGGAGAGUGAAGAGAACACUAGUGAACCAGAAACACUGAGAAUAAAACACGGGGAACCAGAAACCUGGAGAAUAAAACAAGAGGAACCAGAAACCUGGAGAAUAAAACAAGAGGAGCCAGAAACCAGGGGAAUAAAACAAGAGGAACCAGAAACCUGGAGAAUAAAACAAGAGGAGCCAGAAACCUGGAGAAUAAAACAAGAGGAGCCAGAAACCAGGGGAAUAAAACAAGAGGAACCAGAAACCAGGGGAAUAAAACAAGAGGAACCAGAAACCUGGAGAAUAAAACACGGGGAGCCAGAAUCCUUGGGAAUAAAACCGGAGGAACAAGGAGAGUUUCUUGAAGAAAGUGAGGAGCAUGAAGAAUUGAAUGAAGAUGAGGAGAAAGAUCAUUUCAAAACUGGAGAAAAACCUUCGAGUUGCUCUCAAACCAAACAGAAAAAUUUAAAGAAAAGAAGAGCCACCUGUAAUCAGUGUGGAAAGAGUUUCACAAAAAGAAAUAGUCUUAAUGUUCACAUGAGAAUUCACACUGGAGAGAAACCUUACAAGUGUUCACACUGUGACAAGAGAUUCAGUGCUUCAUCAAGACUGAAAACACAUGAGAGGAUUCACACUGGAGAGAAACCGUAUACUUGUGAUCAGUGCGGGAAGAGUUUUGCACGAAGAGGAAUCCUUAUAAGACAUAUGAGAAUUCAUACAGGAGAGAAACUGUACACAUGUAAUCAAUGUGGAAAUAGUUUGAAAUCUAAAUAUAGUCUUGAUCGUCACAUGAGAGUUCAUACUGGUGAGAUACUGUACACAUGUGAUCAGUGCGGGAAGAGUUUUGCACGGAGAGGAAUCCUUAUAAGACAUAUGAGACUUCAUACAGGAGACAAACUGUACACAUGUAAUCAAUGUGGAAAGAGUUUGAUUAGCAAAUGUAGUCUUGAGAUUCACAUGAGAGUUCAUACUGAUGAGAAACUGUACACUUGUGAUCAGUGCGGGAAGAGUUUCUCACACUCAGCAAACUUUAAGAGACACAUGAACACCCACACUGGAGAGAAGCAGCACUCAUGUGAUCAAUGCAGCAAGAGAUUUUUAAGAGCUUCAGACCUGAAGCAGCACCUGAAGGUUCAUACAAAGGAGAAACCACAUUCAUGUAGUUUGUGUGGAAAGAGUUUUUCACGUUUUUCAACUUUGAAAGAACAUCAGAAAAUACAUAGUGCUGUGAGAGAGUAUAUGUGCUUUGAGUGUAAAAAGACUUUUACUAGAGAAAAGUGUUUAAAACUGCACAAGAGGAUCCACACUGGAGAGAAACCCUACAAGUGUUCACACUGUGACAAGAGAUUCAGUCAUUCAUCAAAUCUGAAAAGACAUGAGAGGAACCACACCGGAGAGAAACCGUAUCACUGCACUGAAUGUGGGAAGUGUUUCAAAUGUUCAACUGCUCUACACAGACAUACAAAAAACAAUCAUAAGUUGACUGAAGAAAACGAGGUGAUUAAAGAAUCAAGUGAAGUUAAGGAGAAAAAUCACGUUAAAACUGGAGAAAAACUUUAGAAUUCCUCUCAAACCAAACAGAAAUAUUUAUUCUGCAUUUCACCGUGAAAAGAGUUUGAAAAGCAAUACAAGUCUUGAGCAUCACAUGAGAGUUCAGACUGUAGAGAAAUCAUUCACAUGUAAUCAAUAUCGGAAGAGUAAAGGAACGCAUGGACAUCCACACUGGAGAGAAACUGUGCUCGUGAUCAAUGCAGAAAAACAUUUUUUGAGCGCUUCAGAUCUGAAGCAGGACCUGAAAGUACAUACAAAAGAGAAACCACAUUUAUGUAAUUUACAUUUACGUUUAAUCAUUUAAAACAAUAGAAACAAUUAUUUGUGUGGCAAGUUUUUUUUCUGUGUCUACAAAAUUUGAAAGUACAUCAGAAAAUGCAUACUGGUGUGAAAGAGUACAUGUGAUUUUGAGUGUGAAAAAAAAAGACUUCAGUGAUUUGUUUAAAACUUCACCAGAGGAUUCACACUGGAGAGAAACUUCGUAAGUGUCCACAAUGCAACAAGAGAUUCAGUGUGUCAUCACAUCUGAAAACACACAUGAGAGGAUUCACACUGGAGCGAAACCGUAUCACUGCACUGAAUCUGGGAAGUGUUUCAAUCAAUCAUCUGCUCUACACAGACAUAGCCUACAAAAAAACAAUUAAAUAAGGCCCCGUACACGCAUUUAGCUGUAUUCAUCCAGACAGAUCAAGCAUUUUGGGAGCCUGAAACCGGAUUUUAUUCAUCUUCAAAAUCAGCAGAUUCACCUGAUAUUCAGAUCAACUAAAAGAUGCAGUUCCUCCCGAAAGAAUGUCAAAAAGUUUUUUUCUUGUAUAUCAGUUUGUUUCAUGAUUUGAAUAAUAUCAUUGUGCUUUCUUAUGAGUUUCAUUUAAUUCAUGUUCAGUUGUCUUAUAACGCAUAUCACCUGUAGUUUGCUUAAGUUUUCAUGAAGGAAAGUAGCUUUUUACAAACUGUUCUUGUUCAGGAAGCUGUAGAGGAGACUAACACUUUAAGAGACACCAAGAUAUCAUUUUAAUUGGUUAUUCAUUGUUACUUUUAAAACAAGUAAUUCUUCUAUGAUAUGUUCAGAAAACACAGAUGCAAGAUAUACUGUCAUGUAGAUUUGUAAUUGAUAUUUAAUUGCUUCUCUUUCUGUAGGAAUUAAUGUCUGAACUCCGUAAUUAGCCCUGAGGCAAAAUUAUGAAAGACCAUCAUAUCAAUAAACUCUAAUGUUAACUGUUCUGC